AGCGAACUCUCUUACAUGUGACACUCGAAUUGCAUGAAUCAUGGUCUGAGGUGUCCAUAUCGAUCCAAUUAUCCGACUCCCAUCAUAGGUGUGUACAGCUAUACAUCAUCAAUGAGCGACACGUUUGCAGUGCCCCGCUGUACACAAAACACACACAGCCCCUCCCCCUCCCCCUCCGUACACCAUACCCACCACCCACCAGAUGAGAAGAGGACUCACGGCGGUGCCCAAUACUUCCACCCUCCCCGAAACGUCACGCUACCGUCAUAAUUCACAACCCUCUCCCUCUCCCUCUCCCUCUCUCUCACACUGCCCCCAGUCACAGCUGCUGCUGCAGCUGCUGAUGCAUUCUUCCUUCCAGCCCCAAAUGUUGCCGUCCCGCCAUCAGCCACACUGUCCACCAUGCCCCCCGCCGGCGGCCGCGUGUGCGUGUGGUGGUCUUCCAGCUCGGCCUUGGCCUGCUCUCGCAACAGCCGGAUGGCUGAGCGGAAGGCCUGCUCCGUCUCCACAAAGGCAGCCAGAGCCUCCUGAGGACGGAUGGAGGAGAAAAAGCAAUCAAUGAUCACACACCUUUCCACCCGGCCAGGUGCUUUGCCCACCUCUGUCUGCUGUCGGCAUCUCUCGUAUGCGGCGAUGAGUCUCAUGGGUUGACGCGUGUCGGCAGCGGCAGCAGCAGCAGCAGCAGCGGCCGGCGCCCUCGGGUGUGUGGUGAGCUCCUCCUGCAGCCGGUCGAAGUGCACGCGGCAUGCCUUCUGUGCGACGCUGGCCUUGGGUGCCGGCUGCAGGAACUUGGUGAGAAUGGCGUCUUGCUUGGCGAGGGUGGGUGGGGGGUUGGCGAGUGCCGCACGGAGAGAGGAGAUCUCCUCGGCCAUCUUCAAGACGCGCUGCUCGGAGGCCUACACCACACACACACACACACACACAGAGAGAGAGAGAGAGAGGGGUUCUGUGCCUCCCUCCCCGUCUGACCAUCUAUCUCACCUACCUGUAGCUGGUCCUUGAGAUGCUGUGUGUGUCGGAGGUUGUCUUUCAUCUGCUGCGACUGCUCCGACACGCAGCUCUGCAGUGCCGUCACCUCCCGCUGUUUGUCCUGCAGCUGAUGCGAGACGCUGCUCACUCGCCGGCGAGACUCCUUCACAUAUCGCUCUUGCGACAGGUAGAACCGAACCUGGUACACCCAACACACACACACACACACACACACAUACACAGAGGGAGCCGAAUCAACGGAUGGAUCCCUCCCCCGGCAGGGAGGGCACUCACGCGUUGUCUGAGUUCCUCAUUCUCGGCGUGUGCGGCCUCGAGGUCUUUGAUGAGCUGCCGCCACUCGCUCCCAAGCCACCCCAGGCCAUAGGUCCGUGUGGGGGGCGACCUGACCACCACCACACCACGAGGCGACCGAAGCGCACCCCCGGGUGAGGGAGGGGGGAGGAACGUCCUCUGACACACACCACACACAACAGAGAGAGAGCGUGGCACAUUUGCUAACGUGACCUCUGUGAGUGUGUGACCUUGAUGGGCGAUGCUCGCUGUGAUGGUGGUUUGGAUGGCGAGAGGUGUGCUGCGGGCGAUGGCGAGGGGGGCAGCUCCUUCUGCUGCAGAUGGGACAGCAGGUGCAGCGUCAGCAGCUGAUGUGUCCGCUUCUCUAGGGCCUGACACUUAUCCGACAACUGCACCUCACACACACACAGAGAGAGACAUCCACAUGGAAGGACGGACCGCACCCUCUUCGUUGCGUAUUGGCAUGGCGCACCCGUGCUAUCUCUGCCUCGUAAAUCUCUGCCACAUGCUCGAUGCCGCUGCUCUUUGCGAGCUCUCUCAGGUGGCCCCGCCACCGCACACUCUCCAACUCGGCACAAUCGGCCUCCACAGCCCUCUGCGCCUCGCCCUCACGCACAUCCAACCGGAGCAUCUGACAACACCCACACUCAACAACACCUCCAUUGUCUUCCCUCCGAGUACUGACUUCACGCUCACCUCGUUCUCCCUCCUGAGUGCUUCGUUCUCCCUUCUCAGCGCCUCUAGUUCAGUCUCUUCAGGCCGCGGUGUGGCCAUUGCGGGGAUCUCCUCGUCUGUGGCCGUCGGGCGGCCGCCGUAGGCCGGCUGUGUGGGUGGUGAGAGGGGGGCGGCGAGGGCGGAGGUGUCCCAAUGGUCGUCGCCAUGCAACAGAGAGGGGAAUGGCGGCUGGCUUGGGCUAGGCACUCGCUGGGUGUUCUGGCACCCUCCCUCCUCAUCGGAGCCCUGAAUGAAAUAAAAAGGGUAUAGUGCGACAGACACAUGCACAUGUGUCUGUCUGUCCUUGCUCACCUUGAUUGCCCUCACUCCGUCGCCGCCAAAGGCCAUGUUCCUUAUCCGAUUGAGGGCCGCCACAGCCGCGUCCGACAAACCGGGUGGAGGGGGAGGCAGCACCCCGUCCAAGCUAUCCUCAAGACACACACCAUGCUCACCUCCCUCUCCCUGCUGCUCGUCCUCCCUGGCCACCACAUGUGGCUGAUCGAUCAGCGGGCUGCCGGUGAGUGGUGGGGCCGACCGGAAGCUGGCCGGCAUGGAGGGGCUGGGCCGCCUCCUCUCCUGCACGGCCCUCUGCAGCCGCUCGUAGAGGGUCUGCACACGCUGGGCGUCCUGGUACAGCGACUCGAAGGAAGAAGUUGGUCUCGUCGUCACGGCGCCCUGCUCGAUGUUGCGGAUGAGCACGGCCUGCCUGUGCAGGGGGAGUGGGCUGCUCUCCUCCGGCAGAUCGUCGGUCGUCCACGAUCGGCGGAGAGGCUCCGUGUCAGUGACGCGUGAAGGGGUGUGGGGCAAAUCCACCACAUCGGCCGCCGCCGCUGCCGCUGCUGGUGAAUGUCUCGCGGGCAGAACGGCACUUCUCCAGGUGUCAAUGUCCGUGUCGACGGCCGACAGUUUUGUCCACCGCCGCGCCAGGGCCGGCAGGUGCGUCGAGAGGAUGGGGUGGGAGGGGCAGCGGUGGGCGAGGGAGGUCACCUGCUCCAUGGCAGACAGGAAACGCCUAUACAGCGGCAAGGCAGAUGGCGGAGGGCUGGACGGGACAAAGGGAACGAUCGUCAGCUGAGAGGGGUGCCGGACGAACGGCGAAAGGGCAGACCCCGAAUCGUCCUCCAUCUCGUCAGCGAUGCACUCGACCGCCCGAACGUCCUGCGCCCGCAGCCCGUCCACCACCACCAGAUGCAGCACCGAUUCCAGCGCCAUCUCCUCGCCAGCAUCCCUGUGCAGCACUCCAAGCCGCACCACCAGAUGCCCCGCACACCGCCCCAUGGCGGCCUCGGCGCGCUGCUGGAUCACCUGAGUCAGCCGUCGCAUGUCGCGUGCGUUGGUGGUGUGCACUUUCCGUUCGGCGAGGUCGGACAUGUCUGUGGAUUCGGAGAGAGAGGGGGAUGGUGUGGCGAGAAGGGGGAGGGGGGCCGAUGGCGAGGUGGUGUGAGGGAUCAGCCAUGCUGACAGGGCCAGCUGCACGUCUGGACACCGGCAAACACAGAAGAACAUGCAGCAAGAAAGCCAUGAGUGCUUGUUGUGUGAAUGCUCCCCCCUCCAUCCCUCCCUCCCUCCUCACCUUCAUCGCGCCCCAUCUGUUUCCUCUGCAUGACAUUGUUCGCGACACCCUCCCACACACCGACCCACCCAUCGCCGCCCGCUUGCCCCUCUGCUCCCUCACACAUCCACACGACAACCGUGGCGUCGUAUCCAGCGUACAGCCAAUCGCACACUCGGCCUCCAAAUCGCUCGCCAUCGCCAUGGGCAGGGCCGGAUGUGGCUGCAGAGGUGAGGGACCAGCGUGAUGAGGCCAGGCGCACCUGGUUCUGUCCUGAGCAGGAGAAGCCUCCAUCUGUGGUCGACGGGAGCAACCUGAAUGAAGGAAUGGAACAGAAAGGGAGAACGUAUGUUAUGGUCUGAAUCUUCUGUGAGGUUUUCUCUGUUCAACGUCCCACCUGCAAUGCACUUCUGUGUUGGCAGUUCCAUCCAUCCCAUCUACGCCCGCCUACGACGACUUCUUGCCCAGAUGCCCCUAAACUGGGAUGGAUGACG